GACGAAUGCGGAACAUUCCUCAUCUUACGUGCAACCAACUCAGGUGAACAUUCGAAUGAGCAUUUCCCACCGCUGGUGAAUGGAUAAACUAGACUAUAUCCCUUGAACGGAGCCAUAUAACACGUUCUGCACCGCAUCAUCUACCCACCAUCGAUUUGGUAUCAACAACGUCACUAGCAACAUACAUACAACAAUACAGCGACCAUGCCUCAGAAGCAACGCCGAAUCGGCGUGGUACCUCUAGAAAUCGAUCGUGAUCUAUCCUCAGUAGCACAAAUCUGGAGUGCAGCACUACCAAACUACCCCCUCCCGGCAGAAAACCUCCGCAAGCUCCUCCCACAGCCAAACGCACACCACUUCGUCGCCAGGACAUCAUCAUCCAAAACCGUAGGCUUCUGCCUCGCCUAUACCACGCGUCAACACCAGAAGAACCCAACCGAAAGAUCAACAUCCGGCUACAUCGCCGUUCUGGCGGUGCAUCCAGAGCACCAGGGACAGGGCAUCGGGUCCGCCCUCCUGGACAAAACCAAGUCCUGGUUCAAGCAGAGCUUCGACUCCUGCCACCUCGAAAUCGGCAGCGGUUUUCCGAGAUUCUGGCCUGGGGUCCCGAAGAACUUACCCGACGCCGAGCGCGUUCUGGAAUUCUUUAUCGAGCGUGGGUUCGAUGUGCGUCCGGACCCGCCGCGCUCGGUGGAUUUGUAUAGAGACCUGAGGAAUUUCAGUCUCGACGAGGGGGAAUAUGUCCAGCGGGCUGAAGAGGCGGGGUAUACGUUUUCCCCGCUGUGGCCGGAGGGGUAUGAAGAGUGUUUAGCUGGGCAGGAGAGGAAUUUCUCACAUAAUGCUGACUGGGUUGACAUGUACCACCUGCUAAACCCAGCAUCGCAACCAUCAAGCAUCAUGACCGCGUUCGAUUCGCAGGGUGCGCAGGUUGGCUGGACGCUGAUGCUCCCGCCGUCCUCGAGCGUCCUGCAGGAAAACUGGGCAAUGCCGGCAGUUUGUGGGUCUAAGACGGGCCUUAUAGGCUGUGUAGGAGUUGACGACGAUCACCGCGGCUCGGGUGUUGGACUCGCACUCGUGGCGCACGCUUUGGAGGAUAUGAGGAAGAGGGGGAUAGAGGGUGUGUUUGUGGACUGGGUGAGUUUGGAGGGGUUUUAUGAGAGGCUUGGCUUGGAGGUUUGGUGUGCUUAUCGGGGUGGAGAGAUUGAGUAAUUUAUUUUCUAUACACUAUCUUUAUAAAUUAAUUGAAGCGCGACGAGCUUAUGUUGUUGGAAUAUAGAUAUGUUUUGGAGGAGAUGGUUUCCGAGAUGGUCGGUUCGGAAUGGACUGCGGCUUUCUCGUAAACAUGGUGUGGUGGUUUCCGAGACCUCUGCUCUUCAUCCCCACGGGUGUUUACUGACGUCUUGUUGAGUAGCUAGCACAACUUAUGUCCAUAGUAUGAUAAAUGAAACGCUAC